AUGUCAAAGGUUGUCGGGAAAGCCGAGAUUGAGAUAUCCUACCGGUUGGAUUUCUUCAGAAAGACAGGUCUGAGCAGGGCGUUAAAGUCGCUCUUUGUUGCUCCCUCGAAUGAGUCGAGAAUGUCUUGUUGUCGGGAUAUCUUCUCUGAUCAGAUCGUGGUUGGGAACUGUGAUGUUCUGCAGCAUGAGAUAAAUCUUCAGGAUCCACGCCCGAUAAAGCAGGCUCCGAGGAGGAUCCCGGUAGGAAUGCGAGCUGAGGUGGAAAGGAUUCUUCAAGAAAUGAAGGAUCAGGGAGUCAUUGAAGAGUCUUUUGGCCCUUGGGUUUCUCCGGCGGUUAUUGUAAAGAAAAAGGACGGCUCUUUAAGGUUCUGUGUGGAUUAUCGCAAGUUAAAUGCGGUUACAAUCAAGGAUUCUUUUCCUCUUCCUAGAGUAGAUAAUCUUCUAGAUCAAUUGUCCGGGAACGAAUGGUUCUCCACUCUGGAUAUAAAAAAUGGGUACUGGCAAUUGAAGAUUCGGCCAAAGGAUAGGGGAAAAACUGCUUUUUCGGCAGGCAAUGGGUUGUGGCAAUUCACGGUAAUGCCUUUUGGCUUGUGCAACGCUCCGGCCACGUUUGAGCGCUCGAUGGAGCGGGUUCUCCAGCAGUUGUUGACUAAGAUUUGUUUGGUUUAUCUGGAUGAUAUCGUUGUGUUUGGUAAAUCUUUUGAGGAGGAAGUAGCUAAUUUGAAGAAAGUUUUUCUGAGACUCANGGCGGCUAAUUUGAAACUUAAUCCUAAGAAAUGCAAUUUGUUUAGGAAACAGNUGAAAUAUCUUGGCCAUGUGGUUUCAGCUGAAGGGAUCUCGACGGAUCCGGAGAAAAUUGCAGCUGUGAGGGAGUGGCCUGUUCCACAGAAUAAAAAGCAGGUUGAGAUCAGAGACGCCUUGAAGCAGGAGGAACGGGUAGCUCGGAUAGUUUUUGAAAGGUUUGCGUCUGAGAAAUGGCGAAAGGAUCAGUUGAAAGAUCAGGCUAUAUCGAUUAUUUUACAGGGAAAAGAAAAGGGUUGUCGUCCCUCUUGGGAAGAGGUGUCCGCUAGAGGCCCUUCUUUGAAGAUCUAUUGGUCUCAUUGGGACGUUUUAGUUGUUUCGGAUGUAGUGUUGUAUAAGAAGUGGAUAGCUCCGAAUUUAAAGUCGAGUUUUCUUCAGAGGGAUGUCGAGAAUUGGUGUAGGUCUUGCAAAGUUUGUGUAGCAAAAAAAGGCUCUGCGGACAAAGGUAAAUCUCCGUUGCAAGUUUUUAAUGCUGGUCCGCCUUUUGAAAGAUUGCAAAUGGACAUUCUGGGUCCUUUUCCGGCGUCUUCUUCAGGGAAUAAGUAUCUCCUAGUGGUUGUAGAUUGUUUCUCCAAGUGGGUGGAAGCUUUUCCUUUAAAGAAUAUUAGGACGUCGACUGUGGCGGAGGAAUUGUCGUGGUUGUUAGAAAUGAAGAAGACAAGGACUACUGCUCUUCAUCAACAGUCUGAUAGACAGGUCGAAAGACAGCAUCAGACGAUUUUGCAGUAUUUGUCUAAGUUCGUUGACGAAAAUCAAAGGAAUUGGGAUCGAUGA